AUGCCGCUUAUAUUUUGCACUAUAGCAAAAAAGGGACGCGUUACUCUCCUCACAGACUGGUAUGGCGCAAAGAUAGAGGACAUAAACAUCAGUUUACUCGCACUUUUUAAUGCAUUUGCUGCUGGUGAGCUGGACGAAUGUCAUCAACCUUUAGAUGAAGACGAAGUUGGAGGGGGAAAGCUGUUAACCGUCUCCGUUGGGAAGUCAAAGGACGAUCUAACCAGUGUUUCAAAAUCAGCAACUGUCUUGGACAUUUCGCCUAACAACUAUGUUCGAUUUAUGUUGUCAGAUCUUUCAAACAACAGCAACAUGGUCGAUAGUACUCAAGUACAAAACACUGAACCCAAUGUCACAAGUUUUCUGAUGAAUGCCAGGUAG